AUGGUUUGCUACGAUCCUGCUACCCGCGCGCAAGCGGUUGCUCUAAAGCUAGUUGCGAAUAGCCAGAUUGAAGCAAUCACCGGAUUGAACCCCCGAACUAUCAAAAGCUUCCCCGCCCUCGUCCUCGAGAAACACGUCUGCGAUGCGCCGAAGUCUGGCCGUCCCUCAAAGCAAGGCGCUAAGAAGGAUGCGGUUCUCGAGAAGGUUCGCCAGGACUGGUUUGGUCAGCUAGGCAAUACCAUCUCACCGAUGACUGUCUGGCGUAUCCUCCGCGCCGCUGGGAUGAAGAAGACAAAGCCAGCUCAUUGGAAGCGAGUGAUCUGGUCCGACGAGACAUCUGUGGUUAUGAAUCACCGCCGUGGUGGCUACCGCGUCUGGAGAACCCCUGAGGAGAAGUUCUUCUGGGGCUGUUUCUCAUACGACUCAAAGGGGCCAUGUCACAUCUGGCAUCCAGAGACCCCGCAAGAGAGGAAGGCAGCGCAGAAGGACCUUGAGGAGCUGAAUGCGAAGCUGGAACCUAUCCCCCACGAGCAGUGA